GCAUGCACGCCAGCAGUAGUGCCGACUGUACGCCGUCUCGCGGUUGACCAGCCACGGGCGACGUCGUUGUUGUCGUCGUCGUUGUCGUCGUCGUCGUCGUCGUCGUCGUCGUUGUCCACCGUCACCUCUGUCGCCGCUGCGAGAUAGUUGCAGGACCCCAACUGUGGCACGCUCAUACCUAUUAUUUCGUUGAUGUUGGUUCAAGUCAUGUGCAAACUAAAAAUGGUUUCAGCUGCUCUAUUUUUCAAACGAUUAUUGUCAACUAACACCUUGAAUUCGCCGUCUCCGAUUCACGAGUGCUUUCAUUAAAGCGUUACAGUAAUUCUAAACUGUAAAUCUUUGUAUGAACUCGUGCUUUGCAAUAAAGUUUGCAUUUACACCACCUAAAUGUUUUAAUUUUGGUUAAUUUAUACAAAAUGAAGAUUCAAAAAUCAGACGCCAUGAUUCGGACAAGUUUACUGACUGUACAAAUGAUAAUUAUCGCUCUCAAUCUGGUAUUGAUUGUGGUAGUGAUCAACAAGAGAAAAUGCAAGACGAUUUCAUUGAGUAUGUGGACGUUAUUGGUAACUAUGAUAGUCGGUUCCAUCAUAUUGGAUAUUGAAGUUCUCCUUCAGUACUUUACACCAACAUUACCAUUAUGCCUUUUAACGCCAUGGCUCCGGGAAUUGGGGUUUGUGAUAUUCUACGGCGCGAUCGAUCUUAAACUGUAUAGGAUUCUGAUGCAAUUUCGUACUAGAAAAGCUCACUGUUGGACGAUUACUGACAAAGAUCUGCUGAAAUAUUUAUUGUUCGGUGUUAUUGUGGUCACUGUUUACCUCACAGCCUGGACCGCAGUUAGCCUGAACUUCUUUCACGAAGGAUGGAUCCUCUUGAUCCACAUUGAAUCUGAAGAUGGCUCAUUGUACACCACGUGCAAACCUCAGUGGUGGAAUCACGUUACAGAAUUCGGUGAACUAUUGAUUUUAACUGUGGGCUUAUAUUAUGGAAAUUCGGCACGUAAUGCCCGCGUGCAGUUUGAAGAACGGCGUUUUCUCUUUUACGCAAUCACAGCGGAAUUAACGUUUAGUAGUAUCCAUAAUGCAAUCCGUGCAGUCUAUCCAAUACCAUUCCACCAGGAUGUGACAUUCAUAGCUGCCUUUUUACGCAGUCUGUUGACGAACACUCUUGCGUUAUUCAUCAUAUUUGCACCAAAGGUAUGGUAUCAAAAAAAAGUUAACGCUGAACUCAGACAUUCAGCUGUAAAUCAAGAACUUUCAGAAUCAUUAAAAGCUGAUAUGGCAGAUAAGGACUUCAGAGAAAUGAACAUAUCAGAGAUGACUUCAGAUGAAAUAAGGGAGGAACUCAGUCGUGUCUAUGUACAAAUGGGAAUAUUACGGGAUAAAACUGUAUGUAAGAAAAACCCUCAUAUAUCUAAACGAAAAGGUGGAAAGAAAUUGCCACAUAGACGAUUUUCAUUACAGAAGAAAGGAAGCAGAGACAAGUCAUCCAUUAAAAUUCGAAAAAAGAAUAAAGAACUAGAUUCAUCUGAAAUAAGUGAAACAAAUGAGACAAAUGAAAUCUCCAAAUCUCCCGAAGAUUCGGUGGUUAGCAAUGAAGACGUUCCUACUGUUGGAAGUGGAUAUGGUAUUUGUAGUUGUCAUUCAACAACGGGAAUACAUCAAACUACUUGCAACGAAUUUAAUGAUAGUAAUGACAUCAACUAUGGCGAAGGAACAUCGACUUCAAAGUUCAACGUGUUGACUUAAUGUCUUAGCACAGAGAGACCACAAUGUUCAUAAAAUAAGUUAAUAUUGGAUUUUAUGUUACAACUGCUGUUGUAUAGAUGUGUUAGUAUUUUAAACAUGUGUUAUAGAUUAAAUAAAUUCUUACACUUAUUA